AUGCAGUUUCGAAAACUUCGCCGACGUACUAUUUCAACGAGCAGUUAUGAAGCGAUCAUUGAUUGUUGGGAUAGAGUAGGGUCCCACAAUCGUGCAAUGGAAUUGUUUUCAGAAUCUUUAACAAUUGCACAAGCGAGUUUUGUUCCAGCAGAUUAUCAGCUGAAUGGUACUCUGCAUAAAUUAGAAACAAGGCAUCGAAAUCGUGAAGAAUAUGAUUCAGCUCUGUAG